GAAACGGCGCGACUUCCAUGUCGGAUUUUUAUUGAUAUUUAUUUCUUUAUUUUGCCGUGUGUGUGUAGAACGGUUUAUUUACAUGAGAAAUGCGUGGCUCCUCAUGAAUAUGAAUGAAGCCUAGAUGAUCCAUCUAGAAGGGAAAAGGAGGCGUUACCGAGUUUCACAGUUUCAGCAUCCGCUCGGGAGACUACAGGGGAUUAGAGAUUAGACCUCAGAGUUGGGAGUUGUUCUUGGGGAAUCUUUUAUUCCUUCGUUUAGCCUGUAUAUUUAUCCCCACGCAGUCGGUCACCCGGUAUGGCAGUGAGAGGGCCGCUGUCGCGCUUGUUCCGGUCGGCGCUGAGCUCGUGCUGCCCGCAGAGCCGCGCUCAUCUCUCCGUGGCUAUCGUCGGAGCUCCGUUCUCCAAGGGACAGAAAAGGAGAGGAGUGGAGCUCGGACCCAAAGCCAUCAGAGACGCCGGAGUGGUGGAGAGGCUGGCCAGCUUGGAAAAUGCUGUGCAUGAUUUCGGAGACCUGAGUUUCGAGCACCUGGAGGAGGACGACCGAUUCAUGAACGUUCCCUUCCCACGGACGGUGGGACGAGCCAAUCAGAUUCUCUCGGACACCAUGAGCCGAGCGGUAGGGGCGGGGCAUACGGCUGUCAUGCUAGGAGGAGAUCACAGCUUGGCCAUCGGCUCGGUUGCGGGCCACGCCCAGCAACGUCCGGACCUGUGUCUGAUUUGGGUCGACGCCCACGCCGACAUCAACACCCCCAUGACCUCCCCAUCCGGGAACCUCCACGGCCAGCCGGUCGCGUUCAUGCUCAAAGAGCUGCAGGACAAGAUGCCAGUGGUUCCUGGCUUCUCCUGGAUGAAACCGUUUCUGGCAGCUAGAGAUCUGGUUUACAUCGGCCUGAGAGACGUGGACCCGGGCGAGCAUGUUAUUCUGAAGAGCCUCGGAAUCCAGUGCUUCACCAUGCGGGAUAUCGACCGCCUGGGCAUGCAGAGGGUUAUGGAAGUGACGCUGGAUCAUCUGCUGGCAAGGAAGCAGCGCCCCAUCCACCUGAGCUUUGACAUCGAUGCGUUCGACCCCACUCUCGCUCCGGCUACAGGAACUCCGGUGAACGGAGGACUGACCUACAGAGAGGGAAUGUACAUCACGGAGGAGAUCCAUAACACUGGUUUGCUGUCUGCGAUGGACCUGGUGGAGGUGAAUCCGGCGCUGGGUGCGAGCUCGGAGGCGGUGGAGGCCACCGCCGGUCUCGCCGUGGACGUCAUCGCUUCGUCUCUGGGUCAGACCCGUGAGCUGCAGGACACCGAACAACUCGGCCUGUAGAGCCACGGGGACGCGGACAGAGACACGGGAUUGAAACGCAAACCUGUUUGCCAUUCCAAAGUUUAAACACAGUAUGAGAAAAAAACAAAUAAAAAAAAAAAAAAAACUGCACAACUUUAAACCUUUCAGAGAAAGCGAACUACAAGAGCUCGGAGUGAGAAGAGCGGCGAGAGAGGGAGAGUGCCCGAUCCUCACAGAUAAAACGCGCACACAGGCCGAUGUAUAGCAUUUAGCAAUAUGACUGACGCCAACUAGGACUGAAGGCGCGUCACUUCUGUAUACUAAUAUUUUGUUUAAAUGGACUGUUCACUGAAUUUAUGCAAAAGUUAGAAUUUUUAAGAAAUCUACAAUGUGUUGGCUAUCUUUAAAGAAAACGUGGGUCUCCGUGAAUUUUCCGACAUUCUUCCACGAGACCCGACACGUGUCUCUCUUUCAGACUUUUAACGAUUGAAUGUUUGUAUUUAUGAGUGUUUUUUUCCUUUCAUCAUAACAAAACGAAUAAAAAUUAUUUCCUAGUUUGUGA